AUGAAGAAAGAAUCCACCUCUUAUCUAGGAGAUGUUUAUGUACUCAACUUCACCAAAGGCAAGAGUUACAACUGUGGAGUUACGGUUGUCGCAACCCCCUUAGAUGAGCUGAAUAUAGAUUUCAAUCCUAGAAUUUCAAUUCCUCCAAGGAAAUUACAGCGCACACAUGCAAAUUUUGUUAGGGGUCUAUUAAACUUGGUAGGCACUACAGAGUCUCCUGAUGUAGCAUUCUCGAGCAUCAAUAUUCUUAAGCAACAUGAGGAUGACAUGACUUACAAGCUAUUCCCCCGUAAGCCAAUGACAGAUGCCUUACUGGAUGAAGUUUUCAGUUGGUCAGCCAGUUUGAACUGUCAUUUCUUGUAUGCAGUGAAUUUGUUUCAAGUUUUUGAAAUAGCUCAUCUUCUGUUUUCACAAUGUAUUCCUGAUAAAGGGUAUAGAUCCUAG